AAUUUGCACCGAAAGCAAUAAACAAAUGAAUUUGCACCGAAAGCAAAUAAAGUUCUGUGGCCCACUCCUCGGAAACAAAUAUCGAAUGUCUAAUCUUGUUGGAAUAACAUUGUAACUUUCAAUUGGAAAAUCAAUGAAAGGUGUCUAUCCUUCCACAACACACCAAAGACUUUGAGCAACAGAACCCCGAUCAGAAGUUUCACUCUUUCUUCCCCAUAGAUUGCAUUUGUGCUUUCACCUUCUUCUGAUCACAAUCACUUCCAUACCAAAAGGAGAAACUAUGGCUGCAGAAUUGGUAGGAGGAGCAUUUCUGUCUACUUUCCUUGAGGUGUUGUUUGACAAAAUGGCAUCUCGUGAGGUUUUCAACUUCUUCAACAGCAGAGAACUCAACGAUGAACUGCUGGACAAACUGAAGAGAGCCCUGCUGUCGAUUAAGGCAGUGCUGAUUGAUGCAGAGGAAAAGCAGAUGAAAAAUCGGGCUGUGCAAAAGUGGCUCGAUGAGCUUAAAGAUGCUGUCUAUGGUGCAGAGGACCUACUGGACGAAAUUGAAUCGCUCUCUUUCUCGCGCAAGCUGAAAGAAGAACCUCAAACCAGCUGUGCAUCUCUGGUACGAAACUGUUUCUCUUUUCCUAAUCCAUUUACUAAGAGGAAGGGCCCAAAGGUGGAAGAGAUCCUUAACAGACUAGAACACCUUGCCAAACAAACUGCUAUCCUUGGCCUAAGAAAUGAUGUCAGGGAAAAACCAUCACCAAAAUUACCAACAACCUCUUUGGUUGAUGAAUCUGAUGUGUAUGGUAGGAAUGAUGACAGAGAAGCUAUAACUAAAAUGCUGCUUUCAGAUGAUGCAAGUUGCCAUGAGUUAGGAGUGAUUACUAUCGUAGGCAUGGGUGGGCUUGGAAAGACUACUCUUGCUCAGCUUGUCUACAAUGAUAGCAGAGUGAGAGAGUGGUUUGAGCUCAAAGUAUGGGUCUGUGUCACAGAAGAAUUUGAUGUGUGCAGGAUAACGAGAAGCAUCAUAGAAGGGCUCACUUCCACUCCUUGUGAUAUAAAGGACCUGAAUCUGCUUCAAAUUCAAUUAAGUGAGAGACUUAAGGGAAAGAAAUUUCUUCUUGUUUUAGAUGACGUUUGGAACAAGAAAUAUGUUGAUUGGGAAGCACUAAAACGCCCUCUUAAGUCUGCAGCAGAAGGUAGUAAGAUCAUCGUGACAACUCGUGACGAUGGUGUUGCAUCUAUUAUGAGAACAACAACAUCAAAUUAUAAUCUAAAGCAGUUAUUGGAGAAAGAUUGCUGGUCCUUAUUCACCAAGCAUGUUUGCGGCGGCAGCGGAAAUGCUACCAUUCGUCCUGACUUAGAAGCCAUGGGUAGAGAGAUUGUGAAAAAGUGCAAAGGCUUACCUUUAGCCAUAAAAACCCUUGGGGGUCUGUUACGCAUGAAAGUUGAUGCCAAGGAAUGGGAAUAUAUAUCGAAGAGUGAUAUUUGGGAAUUUUCAGAUGAUGAAAGUGAUAUUCUUCCAGCGCUAAGGUUGAGUUAUCACUAUCUUCCUUCGUAUCUAAAACCAUGCUUUGCAUUCUGUUCGCUUUUCCCCAAGGAUUAUGAAUUUAAGAAGGAAGAAUUAGUUCUAUUGUGGAUGGGAGAAGGCUUAUUAGACUACGCCAAAGGAAAUGGUAAGAUGUUGGAAGAAGUAGGUGACGACUGCUUUGACGAGCUUGCAUCAAGGUCAUUUUUUCAACGGUCAAGUGGUUAUUCAGGAACAAGGUUUGUUAUGCAUGAUCUAAUAAAUGACUUGGCUGAAUUUGUGUCAGGGAAAUUCUUUGCAAGGUUAGAGGAUGAUGGCUCUUGUGAAAUUAAUGAAAAGACUCGUCAUUUCUCUUAUCUGGUGAAAGCAUCUGAAACUUCUAAAAGAUUGGAGGCCUUGCAAAGAGCCAAGCAUUUGCGCACUUUUUUGCCUGUAAAUAGAUAUUCAUGGGGUCAGUCGUUCGGGUUUGUUAGUGACACUAUAACACAUGAUUUGCUGCCUACUUUAGGGUGUUUAAAAGUGCUAUCUUUAUCCCGUUAUGGGAAUAUCCACAUGUUGCCGAAUUCCAUUGACAAUUUGAAGCUACUACGGUAUCUUGAUCUCUCUUAUACUCCUAUCAAAGAAUUGCCUGAAUCAGUGAGUGAUCUGUUUCAUUUGCAAAUUCUAAUACUAUUGAAAUGCCAACAACUUGUUGAGUUGCCUAACAAGUUGGGAAGGUUAAUCAAUUUGCAGCAUCUUGAUCUUAGAGGCACAAAGUUGAAAGAGAUGCCAGCACAUAUGGGUAAACUAAAAAAUUUGCACAAGUUGACUACUUUUGUUGUAGGCAAACACAGUGGGUCCAGCAUCAGCGAGUUAGGGGAGCUCCAACAUCUUCGUGGAACUCUUUCCAUUUUGAAUUUACAAAAUGUUGGUUUUUCUGGAGAUGCUUUGAAGGCCGAUUUGAAGGGUAAAAAGAAACUGCAAGAAUUAGUGUUGAGUUGGAGCGAUGAAAAGGCAGAUGUACCCAACUUUGUGCCUCAGAGAGAUUUAGAACAUGAAAGAAAUGUACUUGAGCAGCUACAGCCUUCUCCAGAUCUGGAACACCUCAAAGUUUUCGGUUAUGGAGGUACACAAUUUCCAGAAUGGGUGGGAGAUCAUUCCUUUUCAAGAAUCGCAUGCUUGGAGUUAAGCAAUUGUGAGCAUUGCUUGUCCUUGCCAGCACUUGGACAUCUACGGUCUUUGAAGAACCUGUCUAUCAGAGGAUUUGCUCGAGUAAGUGCUGUAGGUUCUGAGUUCUAUGGGAAUGGUUCUAGUAUGAAGUCCUUUGAAUCACUUGAAAUACUGAGGUUUGAGAAGAUGCCGGAGUGGCAAGAAUGGUUGUGUUUGGGAGAUGAAAAUGGAACUUUCUCUAGUCUCCAAGAACUAUACAUAAUAGAUUGUCCCAAGCUGAAGGGAGAUCUGCCUAAAACACUUCCUCUUCUAAGGAAAUUUAGGAUUGAAAAUUGUGAGAUGCUUGGUAGUUCUCUCUCGAGGGCUCCUGACAUGCGUGAACUGGAAUUAGUGAAUUGUGAUAAAAUGCAGCUGCAGGAACUACCAACAGAGCUGCAAAAUUUAACAAUUAAAAAUUGCAGUGUCCAAGAUUCCACACUGGAGCUGAUGCGGCAGCACUGCUCUCGUCUUGAAGGAUUGUCUAUUGGAAGUUGUGCUGCUCUUAAGUCCCUUCCUGAAGGUCGUCUACCUGUUUCCUUAAAGAAGUUGGAGAUUGAAAACUGCGGUGAGUUUGAUUUUUCUAGAAUCCUCUUGUACACAUCUCUAGAAGAAUUGAACGUGUGGAAUGCCCUUGAUUCACUAGAAUCAUUCCCAUUAGGCUCUUUUCCUAACCUAAAUACCUUGAACUUCGUGCAUUGUACAAACAUCAAGUCGUUUUCUGCAUUAGAGGAACCUCACCAGCAUCUCGCAUCUCUCCAUUCUAUAAAUAUGUUCGACUGUCCUAAUUUUGUAUCGUUUCCCAAAGGAGGAUUAUCUGCCCCUAAUUUGACAAUGCUUUAUCUCUUCAAUUGCAAAAAUUUAAAGUCACUCCCCGAGCAAAUGCACUCCCUUCUCCCAUCCCUCCACUAUUUGAUUGUAGCGAAUUGUUCAGAGAUUGAGUCAUUUCCAGAAGGGGGCUUGCCAUUCAACUUAGAAUAUCUUGAAAUUGAUAAUUGUAAUAAACUUAUUGCUGGUCGAAUGGGAUGGGGAUUGCACAAACUCCGCUGUCUCACAUAUUUCAAAAUGAAUGGAGGAGAUAUGGAGUUCUUUCCAGAUGAGCAGCUGCUGCCACCUACUAUUACCAAUCUUCACAUUUAUGGUCUUCCAAAUCUCAAAACUUUGGACUACAAAGGUCUUCAACACCUUACCUCUAUUCGGCGAUUGGAAGUCGCUAACUGCGCAAAGCUCCAAUCCAUGCCACCAGAGGGGCUCCCUGUCUGCCUUUCUUCUCUAAGCAUUCGCUUGUGUCCAUUGCUGACAGAACGUUGCCAAAAGGAGAAAGGUAAAGAUUGGGCCAAGAUUUCCCACAUCCCAUCGAUAAAAAUUGAUGGUGAAGUCAUUAUCGCCUAAACUCAAUGUCUCAGAAAGUUCAUUUGGCUCAGCAGAUACCAUAUGGUCCCUGCAGUCUUGAACCAACGCAUUGCCACAGACAAAACAAAUUGAAGCCAUGAAGAGCUUCUCCUUCUCCUUCUCUGCCGUUUUACUGCUUCUGUUACUUUCUUUUGGCAAUCAGCACAUGAUGGGACAGAGCUGAGAGUGUGAGCAAUCAUUUCCGAAUCCAGGCUGCACACAAGAUGAAUGCAAUAAUCUUUGCAUUCAGCGUUUUUGGAGAACUGGGAAAUUUGGAGCUCCAGUUUAUGGGGUUUGCUUCAUGAGUAGAACUUGUAUCUACCGUCAAUGUUAAGGCCUCAAAGUUACAACUUGGGCUACUUUUAUCUUUGUCUGGCCUUGUUUCUGGGACAAACAAACAAAGUUAUUGAAGUUUAAUAAAGUGGAUUUCUAUUUGAAUGCA